UCUCACAAGCAUGUCAAAUUCUUCAUCAUCUGGCACUCAUGUCCGAUCAUCGAUCCCCGAAAAGCUCUACGAGCGUCUUCUUGAUCUUCUAGGUGGAGAAAAAGGUGCUGACAUUGUUCUAUGGAGAAAGAAGCCAUUAUCAGCAGGGCUACUUGUUGGAGCUACCGUGAUAUGGCUACUCAUCGAGGUGGUGGGAUACCAUUUUCUCACAAUCCUUUGCCACAUGGCUAUUGUAGCUAUGCUGGUGAUCUUCGCGUGGUCUAAUGGAGCUGCUCUGCUUCAAGCGCCUCCUCCCAAUAUCCCUGGAGCGAACUUAUCACCGGCCUUCAAAGUUGUGCAGACCUUCGAAUCCAAGCUCAAUCACUUUCUGUCCGUCCUCCGUGGCAUUGCACUUGGAGAAGAUCUCAAGUUGUUCCUCUUGACAAUUGGUUCUCUCUUGACAAUAUCAGUGAUAGGAAGCUAUUAUAGCUUCCCUAGUCUCUUAUAUUUUGUGUUUCUCUGCACUCUGACGCUGCCUGCUUUAUACAAGAAAUAUAAGACCGAAGUGGACGUUCUAGCGGACAAAGGAAGCAUUGAACUCAAAAAACUUGUGGAGAAAUAUCGUGAGAAUUUUCUCACCAUGACUCCAAGAAGCCCGGUGAAGGAAGAGAAAGGCCAGUGAACACCUCAGCUUUCCACUGGGCCGACAAGAUUCGUCAACAAGUAGUAAUAAAUACAUAUUAUUUUCUGUACAGAAGAUCUCAGAUGUGUCAAUGUGCCUUAUUGAAAUUGUGAAGUGACUUCUCACAAAAUGUUAUAUAUUUGUAAUAAAAUGCAUGGCAAAAUUGAUUGCCUUCUCCUUCUCCCAAA